GCCGGACUUCAGAGACCUCGGCUGAGAAGCGGCUCCCGCUUCCGCGGAUCUGCGGUGGAGUGUCCCGAGCGGGCCCCGCCGCUUCAGGGGUGAAGACGACAGCGACGGCCCUGCGGGCUGGAAGGACGCAGGAGGCUGGGCUGCAACUUUGGGAUGCCUUGGGAGCCCAGUCCACCAGGAGGAAAAUGCGUCCUGUGUUGGGGUCCUGACACCUGCAGAUGGGGCUUUGCCAUGAUUUCUUCUGGAUGUUUCUGUAAGGAGAUUGUUUCUGUAGAGAAAUGCCACUUCAGCAUCAUAUACACAGUCAUAAAAUUCAUAUCAAGAAAUGGGAGCAGCCAGUCUUCCCUGGAACCUGAGGCAAAGAGGAAAAAGUCACACCCUAGGAAUGCAGUGGUGUCCUUUGAAAGAAGAGGAUGCCAUUCCCCGUGUGAGGGCAAUGGAAGCUCAUGGGGGACGACCACCGGAUCCAGAGGGAGAGCGACCAGGAGAGGAUACCAGCGUGAGACAGCGGAGCGGUCGGCCUCCUGAUGUUGGCGGUGCUGAAUGUGUAGAUAACACAGAUGGCAAAUUGCUAAGACAACUGCAAGCUCAAGAAAAAGCCCAACAAGCAGCACAAAUAAAGCUUUUGAGAAAACUCCAAAAGCAGGAACAGGCUCACAUUGCCAAAGAAGCUAAAAAACAACAAGCAAUAAUGGCUGCUGAGGAGAAGCGACAGCAAAAAGAGCAGAUAAAGAUUAUGAAACAACAGGAAAGAAUUAAGAGAAUACAACAAAUCAGAAUGGAAAAAGAACUUCGAGCCCAGCAAAUUCUAGAGGAAAGAAUUAAGAGAAUACAACGAAUCAGAAUGGAAAAGGAACUUCGAGCCCAGCAAAUUCUAGAGGCUAAGAGGAUAAAGAAGGAAGAAGCUACAAAAGCCAAAUUUUUGGAGGCUGAGAAACGAAAAAGGAUAAAGAAGGAAGAAGCUGCAAAAGCUAAAUUUUUGGAGGCUGAGAAACGAAAACAGGAAAAAGAACGGUCGAAGCAAGAAAAACGUGAUGAGAAACGAUUAAAGAAAGAGCUUAAACUAGAGCAACGAAGAUUAGAAUUAGAAAUUGCAAAAGAACUAAAGAAGCCUAAUGAAGACAUGUGCUUAGCAGACCAAAAGCCUUUGCCAGAGUUGCCUCGUAUUCCAGGACUUGUCCUCUCUGGAAGUACAUUUUCAAACUGUCUCAUUGUGGUGCAGUUCUUACGAGUCUUCGGUAAAGCUUUAGGCUUUAAUGGGAAUACUGAUGUUCCAGACCUGAGUAUUCUUCAAGAGGGAUUGCUGAAUCUAGGGGACAGCAUGGCUGAGGUACAAGACCUGCUUGUGAGGCUCCUGUCAGCUGCUGUGUGUGAUCCAGGUCUAAUUACAGGAUACAAGGCCGAAACAGCUCUUGGAGAACAUUUGCUGAAUGUUGGUAUGAAUCGAGACAAUGUUUCCGAGAUCUUGCAGAUCUUUAUGGAGGCCCGUUGUGGACAGACUGAGCUCACCGAAAGCCUGAGGACCAAGGCUUUCCAGGCCCACACUCCGGCCCAGAAAGCCUCGGCGCUGGCCUUCCUGAUCAGUGAGCUGGCGUGCAGCAGGAGGGUGGUGAGUGAAAUUGACAAGAACACUGAUUAUAUGUCAAACUUGAGGAGAGAUAAAUGGAUGGUAGAAGGUAAACUCCGCAAGCUCCGAAUCAUUUAUGCUAAGAAAGCAGGCAAGAGAGACACUUCAGGUGGCAUCGAUCUUGGAGAAGAGCAGCACGCGUCGGCCACCCCCACAGCAGGAUGCAAGCGAAGAAGGAAGGGCGGCGACAGUGACGCUGAUGGCAACGAGGAGGAGGAGGAGGAGGAAGACAAGGAAGACAGAAAAGGAAAGAAAACCGAUGUCUGUGAAGAUGAGGAUGAAGGUGACCAAGCAGCAAGUGUUGAAGAGCUAGAAAGACAGAUUGAAAAGCUGAGUAAACAACAGAGUCAGUACAGAAGGGAGCUCUUCGAUGCGUCUCACUCUUUACGUUCAGUGAUGUUUGGCCAGGAUCGUUACAGACGUCGGUAUUGGAUUUUUCCCCAGUGUGGGGGGAUUUUUGUAGAAGGCAUGGAGAGCGCUGCAGGGCUGAAAGAAAUGGCAAAAGAAAGGAAAAAACGAAAAAAAGCAGAAAGCAUCCAGACCAAAGAAAUAUUUGAUACUUCUGACGACCCUUUAAAUUGUUCAAAUCCGGAUCAUUGUGAGCAAAAGGAAGAUCCUAACGAAAAAGAUAACACAAAUCUAAUUCUUCAGAAUCCUGGCUCUUUUUCCAAAUUAAGCAAGCUUUUAGAAGUAGCUAAGGUGCCUCCUGAGUCAGAUGUAACGACCCCCAAACCAAAGAGCGGUGCAGAUGGGUGCGCACUGCCUCACCAGAACCGUGGGAGACACUCACCGGGCAGCAUGCAGCCAACGGUGACACAGAACGGCGUGGAAGAGACAGACUCGAAUCUGGUCAGUACCGGUUCAGGUGGUGCAGGCAAGGUCUACAGUCCUCUCCCCAGGGACCAGUUGUUACUGCCAAGAACACCUUGGGAGGACGCUUCCCUUACCCAAGCCGAUGCGCCAGCUGCUUCUUCACCAACUCCUCGGGCCCAGCCGCCCUCUAAGUCACCUGCAGCUCUUGAAGUAGCCAAACCAGUAGAUUAUCCUAGUCCAAAGCCUAUUCCAGAAGAAAUGCAGUUUGGCUGGUGGAGCAUUACUGACCCAGAGGAUUUAAAAGCUUUGCUCAAAGUGCUACAUCCCAGAGGCAUAAGAGAAAAGGCAUUACAAAAACAAAUUCAGAAACACCUGGAUUACAUCACUCAAGCCUGCAUCGAGAAUAAGGAUGGUGGGCACCUAAAAGAGAUUUAUUUCUGCUCUCUUGCUUACUGCCUUGCUUAUUCACAAGUGAAUUUGUGUGUGUUAAAUGUACUUGUACGUGGUGCCCCUGGAAUUUCAUUCACAUUCUGGAAGAAAUCAUUGAGAGAUAAAGUGGAUUUUAAAAUAAAUUUCCUUUCAAAUAUAGUUACCAUUAUUGAAUUAAAUGAAAAUGAAGAAAACCCGGUAACUCGAGAUAUUGUGGAGAACUGGUCAGUAGAAGAACAAGCAAUGGAAGUGGAUUUGAGGAUUCUUCAACAGGUAGAAGAUCUGGAAAGGAGAGUCGCAUCAGCAAGUUUGCAAGUAAAGGGUUGGAUGUGUCCAGAACCGGCAUCAGAAAGGGAGGACUUGGUCUAUUUUGAACAUAAGUCAUUUUCUAACUUGUGCAAGGAGCACGAUGGAGAAUUUACUGACGAAGAAGAAAGCAGUGCGCAUGCACUAGAGCGGAAGAGCGACAACCCCCUAGAUAUAGCUGUAAGCAGGCUGUCUGAGUUGGAGCGAAACAUUGAAAGGAGGUAUCUGAAGAGCCCCUUAAGUACCACCAUUCAGAUCAAACUGGAUAAUGUGGGCACAGUUACUGGCCCUGCUCCUGCACCAUCCACUAGUGGUGAUGAUGACGGAAUUGAAGAGGAUAUUGUUCCCGGUCUCAGGGUGUGGCGAUGGGCAUUAUCAGAAGCUCGCAGUGCUGCCCAGGUGGCUCUGUGCAUUCAGCAGUUACAGAAAUCCAUAGCAUGGGAAAAAUCCAUUAUGAAAGCUGCAAGUUCACUGAAAAGGGGCCGCAAAAACAGAAAAAGGAAAAUAGAGGAAAACACCUGCGGUACUGGAGUAAAACAAGAACGCUGUACUCGUGGAAAGAAACUGAAACAGGACAACUCUGACCCGACUCUUGGCAGCCUUACUAAAAUGCAAACUCGUCUCAAUAAAGACAUGAAAAAAAGAAAAAUAGAAGAAAACACCUUCACUAACUUACCAAACCAGGAAAGCUUUAAUUCUGUAAAGAAAAGGAAGCAAGACCACUCUGACCUGACUCUUUCCAGUACCCUUACUGAAAUGGACAGUCAUGAAGAUGCACGGCCUUUUGUAGAACUGCCGGAGUGCAGCACACGGAGUCGUCUGCGUUUCCGCCUCAGGGAUGGAAGACACGUUUUUAUUAAAAGUGCGUAAGCAGCUUUAUAAUAACAUGUCUGAUAUCUGGGGGUCUCGUCAACAAGAAAUAAAGUGGUUAAACACACACACAGAGCAGUCUUUCAAGAAUGAUCAUUUUCUUUUAAACAAAUACAAUAUCCCUGAAAAAAGGAAAGCGUGGUGUGCAUAUUGGCUACUUUGGGCUGGUGUUUUCAUCACUGGUGGUACAUACUCAGCAGGAGCAGCUGGGCAGGAAGUAGUGGGCAUGGUAUGAAAAUGGCAGUUGGUCCAGUACUAAUUGUCACUGUACGUGUGGGUAUCAUUUGUUCUGUGACUGACUUGCACUCGAGGUGCCCUAGGGUGAGUGUAUCCUCAAGCCCCUGGCACGGUUCUCCUCAAAUAACCAAAGUCCUCCUAAGCCUCUGCUGCCACCCAACUACAGGUAUCCACAGCAUACUUUCAUUCGGAUGCACGAGGCCUUCGCCGUAACCGUCAUCAUUUCUGUCCUGGUUGCUCUGUAGAUUAUAGAUCCCGGGCCUACCCGCAAGUUUGUAUUUCGAUUGCCAUUCAAGUGGUAAUCAAUGAAUGAUAACCAAUGAGUGCUCUACUGUUAAACCCAGGGUAUCAUCAAUUUGAAAUAAUAUGUAGAGAAUAAAGUAAUGUUUAUUUAGUUGUUAACCAUAGUGCAAAUCAAGUGAAAGUUAUGUGUGGGUAUGGGGAUAUCUUGAACUCAGAAGAAUUAAGUUAUCAUAAAUGCACAGUGAUCUCUUUUCCUGGUUUCAACCUCAAAAUGAAAUUUGUUAAAAGCACUAAUUUUAAAAUGAGGGUAUCUAAUCUGCCUUUGGUACCUUAUGCACCCCCUCUGUUCUCCUUUUUCCAUUUCUUCCACCCCCAAUACCUUUUCAAAAUAUUUAAAAUCCUAUUCAUUUAGCCUCUCAUUAAACACAUCCUCAACAAGGAAAUCUGAUAUCAAUCAUUUACUCCUUAUUGUAAGUUUUCUUUGUGGGCUUCUUUCAACGUUAUUUUUAUCUUAAGUAUUUCCAUUUAAGAAAUGAAAGAAGUUUGUGUUGUUAAAAUAAUUCAAUUUCAACUGGAAGUUAAGGGAGGUAUUUUAAGAGAAUCAAAAUUUUCCUUCCAGAGAAAUAUGACUGUCAUACAACACAGGGAAACUAGUAGAGCCUUAUCUACUAGGAAUUUCACUUCAAUAAGAUCUCUUAGGCU